GAGGUGUGGGGGACGGAGGCAGCAGGGAUUGGUCUAGAGCGGGCAGGGGGCGUGUCCUAGGCCCGGGCAAGGCUUUGGAGGCUGAGCCGAGCAGGUGGACUCCUGAGAGAGACCAGGGGCUGCCUGGCUGCCGCCCGCCUGUCUGACCAGACCUCUGUCCUCCAGACAUGGCCUCAGACCCCCCUGAUCCCCAGCCCUUGGCCCUGCGGGGAGUGAAGGCAGCCUAAGCGCCCCCACCCCAGGGCCGUGCUCAUGCCCCUGACCCGGGCAGAGCCGGCCCCCAGCCCGGAGCCCAUGGAGACGGUGCCCCCUGCUGUGGACCUGGUGCUGGGCGCCUCGGCCUGCUGCCUGGCCUGUGUCUUCACCAACCCCCUGGAGGUGGUGAAGACACGGCUGCAGCUGCAGGGGGAGCUGCAGGCCCGGGGCACCUACCCUCGGCACUACCGGGGCUUUGUCGCUUCGGUAGCCGCUGUGGCCCGUGCAGAUGGGCUGUUUGGCCUGCAGAAGGGGCUGGCCGCUGGCCUCCUCUACCAGGGCCUCAUGAACGGCGUCCGCUUCUACUGCUACAGCCUGGUGUGCCAGGCUGGCCUCAACCAACAGCCGGGCGGCACUGUGGUCGCAGGUGCUGUGGCAGGCGCCCUGGGAGCCUUCGUGGGGAGCCCUGCUUACCUGGUCAAAACGCAGCUACAGGCCCAGACGGUGGCCGCGAUGGCCGUGGGGCACCAGCACCAUCACCAGAGCGUCCUGGGUGCCUUGGAGACCAUCUGGCGACAGCAGGGCCUGGCAGGGCUGUGGCGGGGCGUGGGUGGAGCCGUGCCCCGCGUCAUGGUCGGCUCGGCCGCUCAGCUGGCCACCUUUGCCUCCGCCAAGGCCUGGGUGCAGGAGCAACAGUGGCUCCCGGAGGACAGCUGGCUGGUGGCCUUGGCUGGAGGCAUGAUCAGCAGCGUAGCUGUGGUUGCAGUCAUGACCCCCUUCGACGUGGUCAGCACGCGGCUCUACAAUCAGCCGGUGGACGGAGCGGGCAGGGGCCAGCUGUAUGGCGGCCUCACGGACUGCCUGGUGAAGAUCUGGCGGCAGGAGGGCCCCCUGGCGCUCUACAAGGGCCUGGGCCCGGCCUACCUGCGCCUGGGCCCCCACACCAUCCUCAGCAUGCUGUUCUGGGAUGAGCUCCGGAAACUGGCCAGGCGGCACCAGCACCAGGGCGCCUAGGUGACAUCCCUCACUCCUGACACAGCCGGACACUUUGCAGGAAGUGACGCUGCCCUCCAGCUGGGAAUGGCCGUCCCAGAGCCGGCCCAGGCCCGGGCCCUGUCGCAGGGUCCAGAAGCGCAUAGACCACGUGGUCAACCCAGCCCCACGGCCCACCCGGGCCAGCACAUCUGCCUUGAAUCACCACCCAGGCGCUUCUCCAGAAAGUUCUCUUCACUCUCUGUCCUGGGCCACCUCAUCUAGAGCCUUACUCAUUAUUUUACAGUGCCGAUCACUGCGAGCUGGGUCACUCACACGCACCAGCUCGCUCAGCCCUCACCACAUGAGCCAGUAAAACUACCUUCUACUCAUCAGGAAGCUGAGGCUCAGAAAGGUGAAGGCCCUUGACCGAAGCCACGCAGCUUGGAAGAGGCAGAGCCAGGAGUGGAACUCAAUGUGCCCGGCCCGGACGUGUGCCCUUGGCAAGGGCGGGGACCAUGGGGGCUGGAGUGCCCCUGGGGGAUCCCUGAACACCUGGAGAGGCCCUGGGGGGCCCUGGAGGCCGUGGUGUCCUCGCCUGUGUGAAUCUUGCCAGGGCUGCCAUUACAAAGGACCUCAGAAGUGGCGGCUUGGACAGCAGGAGGUUAUUUUCUCCCAAUUCUGGAGGCUGGAAGUCUGAGGUCAGGGUGUAGGCAGGGUUGGUUUCCUCUGAGGCCUCCCUCUCUCCUUGGCUUGUAAGUGGCCAUCUUCUCCUAGUGUCCCCACAUGGCCUUCCCUCUGUGUGCCUGUGUCCUAAUCCCUUCUCAUAAGGACACCAGUCAUCCUGGAUCAGGGCCCACCCCAAUGACCUUGUGUUAACUCAGUUACUCCCUUAAAGAGCCCAUCUCGAAACACAGUCACAUUCUGAGGGGCUAAGGGUUAGGACUUCCACGUAUGAAUUGGGGUGGGAGAGGGGACAUGAUUCAGCCCAUCAGCUGAGGGCUCUUACCAGGUCUCCUAGAUGCCCAGUCCUGUGGGCGUUUGCAGCUCCUCAGGACCACUCUGAAAGGUAGCUCUGGAGGUGCCCUUUGCUCAGAUGGGCAGACUGAGGCCCAGGGAAGGGGAUGUCUUCCCGUGGGGAGUAGCACAGCUAGGUGUCCCCAUUCCAGGCCCCUUCCCCAAGCUGCAGCCACACUCCCCCAUGGGUGGGUUCUUAAGGCCCAUACUGACUUUCGUGCUACAGAAGCGGGUCCCUGAAGGGGUCGGACAGGCAGAGGUCAACAACCUUCCCUGCCACACACCCCAGGUCUGCAAAGAGCUGUUCCCCAGAGGCACCCAUAUUGCACACUCCAAGCCAAUAAAUUUUCUAUUUUUGUCUAC